CAGUCCUAGCAAUUAUGGGUUGUGGAGGCUGUUGUCGGUAUUUUCCAUGCUUGAGAUUCACCAUAGGCAUCUUAACCUUCCUUGCCUUUCUGAUGGGGGUCCUAUCUUUCAUGGCACCAGCCUGGCUCGAAAGGAAUAUCCAGUCGGCAGAGUUAAGAGAUGCUGAUUUCAAAGACUAUGAAACAUAUUCAUUUGGUGUCCUUAGUAGUGGUGGAGUGUACAAAGCUAAGGAAAAUUUAGAAGGGGAAGUGAUAGAAACAUCGAAAUAUGUGUGGAGAUUUAACGAUAGCUGGAGUCAGUGGUCUAAAUUAGAAGACCAAACUGUCAUGAUUGUCUAUGCAGUUGGCAUGCUAUUCAUUCUGAUCUCGCUGUGGAACAUUGCCAUCACAGAGUGUGUCCCAAUCAAGAACCAGAGUACCAUGCUCAUCAUGAUGGUUGUUUGGGACAUCCUAGCUGCUCUGUGCAUUGGUGCGGCAGUGAUCAUGUACUGCGCAACAUGGCACAACAACGAUGACCUCAAAAAAUUCUGCAAAAACGAAGGCGAAGGCACCGAGUUCAAAGCCUUCAGUUUGGGCAUCUGCAAGCUCUCUUGGGCUCUGUACGGGGCAGUCGCCACCGCAUGUAUUGUGAUCUUUGUUACCGGACUGAAUAUCAUUGCGGCUUACCAAGCCAAGAGUCAGAGACGGGAUGCAGCCUUUAGACACAUGUAGUGUGCUCUCCCUGCCCCACUAUCACAUAGGUGUACUCACGUUAGUCGCAGUGUUUAGCGGGUGCGCGUCCCGUCGCGCCCUCAACGACCAUCAGUAUACAGUGAAGCGAAACGGCACCGGCAGUCGCGAAAACAUCAACACAACAUGGAUGUAAAUCUCCUCUACUAAUAUGAUUUGUUUGUUUAUUUCAAGUGGAGAGAGUUUGUUGUUUUGGAGGUGCAAUGAGAUGACGCUGUGAUGAAAUGACUAACGUGUUAAUAGACCUAUCUGAGGUGACCGUCCAAACCACGCCUUCAUACCCGUUAUUUAUUUGUCAAUUUAUAGAUUCAGUCUGCACUGGCCCAAGCGAGUGCUAUCCAAACGAGAAGACACCAAAAUUCAUACGAUAAAUUACUAUGUUUAAUCAGUAUUGACUCUAACUAACUAUAAUCAUUACGUACGCCAAUAUGUAUGCAGUUUUCUUUAAAAACUGUUUGUACAAAGUAAUGCAAGAAGAUUUGUUGUUUUGUUUGUAUAACUUUAACAAUAUGUCACGUCUUGACGGGGCUGGUAGUAUAAGCUGGAAGUUAGUUAUUACGCUAUAUUAUCAUGUUUAGUGUAUUCUUAGCUGAAAAUAUCACAAUAAUCCGUACAUCGUAUAUACUUACUUUUUUGAUAUUUUUUAUUCUAAACUAACAAUUUAAUGGAAAUUCAAGAUUCACAGUGCCUACUUUUAAGAGAUCAUGAGUACGAAUUAGGACAUGAUUACACCUGAAAUCAGCAUGACGCAGAGUGAAUUUGAUAACUUUUUACGGUUUCCUUGCAUGCGUCUUGGUAUUGGAAUGGCAUUUUGUGGGAUUUGAAAUUCCAGAUGUUUGAAUAAAUUUGAGACACCUAAUUGUGAUAAUAUAUUUUAUCAUCAGUGGCGUAAGAGCCUAUUAAUAUUACUAUUGUUGAUUAGUUUAUCAGCUUAUUGAAUUUAUCUCAAUGUUGCUAAUGUAUUAAUUUAAAAUAAUAUUCAUAUCUCGGCCAAGUAUUAGUACAAUUUCUAAUCAAAUCAAAAUAGUGGUAAAAUGUUUGCGAUUUUUUGCAAUUGUGGGAUUUGUUUUUAUUAAAGUGUUAAAGGUCGAAUUAUUUGUAAAAUCUAAUGAAUUUUCGAUGUACGACGUUUACGUCAAUGCAAAUGGUAAUGUUCAUGUAAAUUUUGAUACAA